UAUAUAUAUAUAUAUAUAUAUAUAUAGCAUACAUGUGAAACACCAACAACAGGAGAAAAGAACGAGUAGUAUACUUAAGUCAUUAAUUCGAUCAUGGAGAUGAACAGUUCAAGGAGAUCAAGAGGGUUCAAGAUAGCUAAGCUACUGCCCUUUUGCAAAGCUCUCAAGCCUCCAACUGCCUCCCAAGACCUUUACAAUAAUGUUCACUACACUUCCUCCACCACAACUUCCUACGCUCCUCAACCUAAUUUCAGUAACGACGUAACUCCUCUUCCUCCUAAAGUUAGCUUCCUCCUUCAACCAUCCGUGGCUCAUGAGGGGGAGGAUAUGGACAAGAAGCUUAACAAGAUGACAGAAAAGCUGAUCGGCAGAGGGAUUAAUGGUAUGGAAGAUUGUGUUGACGCUAGAGCCGCUUCUUAUAUAUCUUCGGUUCGAGAAAGGUUCAAGCUGGACCAUCGUGAGAGACUGACGACGACUGUUGUUAGCUUAGAUCAUGAAGAUGUUGACCGUUAGAAUUUAGGUGACCUAUAAAUCUGUCAGAACACGUCAGAAAAAAAACACUCGCCACAAAAGCUUAAAGCC